AUGACCUCAAAAGCCAGCUCGAGGUUCUUCGAGCAUUAUCCUAAGAAGAAGACAGCAGCCUCGAAACCGCCUUUGGACGCAAAUAAAUCGCUAUAUGUCAUCUGGCUAGGAACCAACGAUUGCGGGUAUGUAGGAACAUACCAUAGAUAUCUUGCGACACUGACCAAUGGCUUACCCAUAGACAAACCGACCCCGUCAGACCUGGAAGAUAUUGUAGACAGUCUUUUCACAAAUGGUCUGGACGAGCUCUACGUGAAAGCUGGCGCUCGCAACUUCCUCCUCAUCGACGUCCCACCGAACGAGCGCUCUCCAGCAGCUACGAUCCUGUCGACCGACAUUUCUUAA